AUGACUGAGGAAGACCUGAGUACGAAUGGAAAGAUAAGAGAAGCUCUGAAUUAUCUCGCACAUGCACACCAGGACAACUCAGUCCUUCUUAGGAAAGGGGAGAAGAAAGGAGUGAACCAGUCACUUAUAGCACUUUACAGAAGAAAGUGUUUGAAAGUGCUGAAUGAGAACGCAGCCACACUCUUUAAAAGUCAAGAUGAAAAUGAAGUGGCAGAGGCAGUGACCAUCAUGAAUGAGUGCAUUAUCCCUUGCAUGCACCUCAUGGUCAGAGACAGCAUCAGCCAAGAGGACUUGGACAUCAUUGAGCUGAUCAGGAGUUGCUGGUGCUCCUACCUGGGGCAGGACAUGGAUGAUUCUGUCCAGGAAAAGCUCAGUGAAUUCCUGCCCAGAGUCCUGGAUUGUUCUGCAGAAAUGGUGGUCCUGAAGGAGCCCCCCAAAGUGAGGAAAUCUCCCCAUGAUCUGUGCAGCCGCCUGACUGCUGUCAUGGAGUCCAUUCACAGCAGCUCAGUCGUCACUGUGAAGUGAGGCAAGGUAAAAAAUAAAACAAAAAAAGGCACAGUCACAAGGUGAUCUAUCCUCUGCCUCAGGCUGAGCUGGAUUUUAUUUUCUUAUUGAUCUCAGGAAAGAUCAAAUAGAUGACAUUUUGUAGCCAGGUUUGUGAGAGGGCAGAAAAGGCAGAGUGAAAGCUUGUACCCCAUUCUUCUUUUCACAUGAGCUGUAGACAGCGUGAAAAUAUAGUCCUUUAUAGAGAUUUGCUGGAGCCACUUUAUUUCAGUCUACACUAAGCUGAAGAUCUUCUGUGUAUUCUUUCUUUGUACAGUGGUUAUCUGAUAUUCCACUCCUUUGUUCUACCCCUCUUUUACCUUUCAAUAAAAAUUUGAUUUCUCA